AUGACCGGUGACAAAGAGAAGUUCAGAGAGCUGGACGAAGGUGUCAUUGGCAAGGUGAAGUUUGGGGAUGGCUCCACGGUACAGAUCAUGGGCUUAGGGUCUAUUGUGUUUAGCUGUAAGAACGGCGACCAGUGGCUGUUGCAGGAGGUCUACUACAUUCCAAGACUGUGCAGCAACAUCACCAGCCUUGGGCAACUUACCGAAGUCAGACAAAAGGUGAUCAUAGAUGCUGAACAUCUACGUGUGUAUGAUAAUAGUCCUACACAGUUGCUGAUGAAAGUGAGGCGAACUCCAAAUCACCUCUACAAGAUCGAGCUGCACCAAGCAAUGCCGAUGCUCAUCGGCAAGGGGAUGGCGGUAGGAGUGCCGCCAAUCACACACCCGAAUGAGUUAUGUCAAAGGUGUUUGCUGGCAAAGCAGGCGAGUUACUUCAUGUUAAUUGUUGAUGAUUACUCACGGUGGAUGUGGGUGUUCAUGAUCAAGUCGAAGGACCAAGCUUGCUCCAUGUUCAGAAAGUUCAAGUUGCAGGCUGAGAACACGAGCAGGCAACGCAUCAAGACAUUGAGGACUGAUCGCGGUGGCAAAUUCCUCUCUGUUGAGUUCACUCAGUUAUGCGAGGAGGCCGAGAUCAAACGGCACCUCACUGCGUCAUACACCCCACAACAAAACGGCAUGGUGGAGCAGAGGAAUAGGACCGUGAUGGCGAUGGCGAGGUCCCUCCUCAAGAGCAUGAACGUGACUGGAAGGUUUUGGGGGUAG